ACCACGACGCUUCCGUGUUAAAGGACAUAGAAUGAUCUCCUACUCCAUAUCAUCAUCAGUAAUAUCAACCAGUAUUAAAUAAAGGGGCUUCAAACUUACGUAUUCUGCAUGCCGAACCCAUUGAGACCACUGUUGCCCAAUUCCCCCAACCCUCCUCACGCCGAGACCUUCUUACUAGCCCAGCAUAGGUCGAAACGAGUAGCAACAGCGGCAGCUUGUGAGGCUUGUCGAAAAAGAAAGAGCAAGUGCUCUGCUGAGCGGCCAAAAUGCCAUGUCUGCAUUGAACGACAAACGAUUUGCGAAUACACGACCCUCCCGACAGAAACUCAUCUUAAAGCACAGAAACGCAAGCUGACCGAUCUCGAGAUAAGAUGCCAAGCCUACGAAGACUUGUUUGGCAUUAUGCGAUCUCGACCUGACGAAGAAACCGCUCAAGUUCUCCAACGACUCCGGACAGGUGAAGAUGCGCAGACCAUUGUCAAGGCGGUUCAAGAUGGCGACCUCCUACUCCAACUUUCUUCCAAACCAGAGCUUCGGUUUCGGUAUGAGUUUCCAUACAUCCGACAGAUGCCUGACCACUUACAUCAACAACACAACCUAUACCUGAAGUCUACUCUUUACGAAAGGACAGGUACACCGUCGCCCCCAUCACCAGGAUAUUUAGAGGCCCUGAGAGACGUCGAGGAUGAGUCGCAAAAGAUGUAUCUCGUACCAUUUCAUACAGUUGAACUUGUCGACUCGCGAUUACCAUCCAUCAACGUAUCUUAUUGGACCAAAGUGUCCUCUGAUAACCUGAUGCUGCGUGUCCUGUUGCAGAUAUACUUUGUCUUUGAUUAUCCCUUCCACCCAUACUUCCACAAAGACCUGUUUCUCGAGGACAUGCUCAUGUGUAACAGACGAUUCUGUUCACCUCUGCUUGUAAACUCUCUACUUGCCGCUGCUUCGCAUGGGUAUAGCAAAAUGAAGAAUAGAGCCAAGUAUUGGUUGCCCGAUAACUUGGGAUACCGAUUUCUCGCCGAAGCGCAAAGACUCUUUGAACUCGAGCAAGACAACCCCACCAUCACCACCGUCCAAGCAGCAGCUAUUAUCAACUUGACGUGUAAUCUAAAUGGUAUCGAUCAGAUUGGUUGGGUUUAUACACACAAAUCUUUAAAGAUGGCAGAGAGUUUAUCUCUGUUCUCCCCGGGGCCGGACGAGACUAAGGAGUGGCAACUAGUGGCUGGAGUAACCGCAUGGUGCCUUUUCAACUCUCAAGCACUCGCCACCUUCCAUACGUUCCAACCACCCCUCGUCAAGAACCCUCCAUCUCGACCCCUCGCUGAUGUCGACAGUGCGUCUGCACAUUAUGGGGAAUUAUGGGUGAAAUAUCCCCUGGGCCGCCAAUCAAUACCCAUGUCUAAUGGUUUAGUGUUCUGGGCCAUUUCCCAAUUUCGUGUUAUCAUGAACGAGAUUACGCAGCUGUCCUUCAGCCACCCGAGGACUUUCACCCGGAUGUCCCUUAGUGCUGCUAUAGCUUUUAGAUCAAGACUCUUAGCUUGGUAUGAAGCCUUGCCUGAAGUCCUCCAGGCUCAUACCAUCGCUCUGCCAUCCCACAUCAAAAUACACAUUUACUAUCACAUUCUUCUGAUCAAUCUGUUCGAGCCAUUCAUGCAGAUGGGUUAUAUACAUGCAGAGGCAGACCCUACUACGAUCGUCAACCAGUCGAAGGCUUGCUUCGAAACCCUUUUGCGGGUCUACUAUCUGCGCCACGGGUUCGAGGCGUUGGAUAUAAGUCUCGUGCAGUUUCUGCAUCUGCUUGGGUUCAGCGCCCUGAGAGAUAUCUCGCUAGCCGAGAAAGGUUCGACAACAUAUGAGGCUCUACGAUCCACACUCCUUCUGUGCGCCAAGGGCAUGCAGGAACAGGGACAGAACUACCACGUAUCGGAAGUAGUCUUCCGCUUGUUCAGAUAUUCCAUGAGUUUAGAUGAUGCCCAACUCCUCAAGGAAGUGAUCGAAACCGAAGAAUACGAUGAUCACCUCGAUCACAUGAUCGGCGAGAUUCGGUCCCUAUGGCCAAUAGGGAUGUUUAGCAUGGUAGACGAGAAUGUAGAUCGCACGCUUAACCAUUUCAUCCGCUGGUGGGAGCGGUACAUUCAAACCCAUACACAAGACAAUAGCAUGGCUAUAGAUCUAGCCUCCCCCAACGCCACAUCUCCUAGGUAUCCCCUACGGUAUAGAGCAGAGGGGUCAGGGGUCAGUUUGUGUGGAAAUCUAGAAUAAGCAUCAGUCAGAUGAAUGCCAGGGGUACGAAGAUUGGAAAACAGACGAUGUUGGUCAUGUUGCUCUUACUGUUUGUAUGCAUCCGGGGGUCAUAUUUUUCCACGCCACAACAACGCCGGCUCCCCCCUUACCCGUUCCCUCCUAUCUAAUCACCAUCACUAUCACCCGGGGUGUUACUGGGAUUAUGGGCCGCGGUAAGUGGCUCCCUGCCACUUUCCCAAACCCAAUCACCAUGGGAAACGCUUCGGUUGAAGAGAAGAAAGGCGAC